AUGUCCUUAGCGUUCACGUUGGCGGCGUCCACGAGGCGCUUGACGCGCGACACGUCGCCCCACAACCGCCUGCGCGCCCUGGGCGACGGCGACGGUGCCGCGCUUGCCGCCCUCGGCAGCCUGCGCAAGCUCAGCCUCAGCCACAACGAGCUGGGCAUCCCGCAGGCGCCCGCGGCGCCACCAGCGCGGCCAACCUUGUCAGCGUCUUCGUCAACGUCUUCAGUGUCUUCGUCAACGUCUUCGUCAUCGUCUUCGUCAACAUCAUCCACGUCUCUGUCAACCUCAUCAACGUCGUCAUCAACGUCAACAGAACCAACGUCAACGUCGUCUUUGUUGCCGUUGAGCUCGCCGACGGCAUCAAGCUCGCCGCUGCCGCGUUUGGCCGGGCUGGGCAGCCUCGAGGAGCUCGACCUCAGCUUCAACCGCCUGCGCCGCCUGCCCGAGGGCUUGGGCCGCCUGCGGCACCUGCGGGCGCUCGACGUGGACCACAACCUGCUGCCCGCCUUCCCGGCCCCGCUGCUGGAGCUCUCCGCCUUGGAGGAGCUCGACUGCUCAGGCAACCGGCACCUGGGUGCGCUGCCCGAGGGCAUCGCCGCCCUGCGGCGCCUCAAGACCCUCUGGCUCAGCGGUACCGGCCUUGUGGCCCUGCCCGAGGGCCUGUGCCAGCUGGGCGCCCUCGAGAGCCUCAUGCUGGACGGCAACAGCCUGCGGGCCCUGCCCGCCGGCUUCGGCCGCCUGCAGCGCCUCAAGACGCUCAACCUCUCCUCCAACCUGCUGGCCGACUUCCCCGACGCCGUGCUGGCCCUGGGCGGCCUGGAGGAGCUCUACCUGAGCCGCAACCAGCUCACGCUGCUGCCCGCACGCCUGGGCAGCCUGGAGGAGCUGGUGCUGCAGGGCAACCACAUCGCCAUCCUGCCCGAGGGCUUCGGGCAGCUCGCGCGCGUCACCCUCUGGAAGAUCAAGGACAACCCCCUCAUCCAGCCGCCCUACGAGGUGUGCAUGAAGGGCAUCCCCUACAUCGCCGCUUACCAGCAGGAGCUGGCGCACUCGCAGCCGGCCCUCCAGACCCACGCCGCCCUGCCCAACAUCUGGACGGCCUGGCAGGCCAUCACGCCCUUGCUGGAGGAGCUCAACGCGCUGCUCCAGGAGUGGCCGGGCCUCCACUACACAGUGCACGUGCUCUGCUCCAAGUGCCUUAAGCGAGGGUCGCCCAACCCGCAUGCCUUCCCAGCCACUCGCCACUGCCCGCGCGAGUGUGGGAAGGGGCCGUUCGGAGCUGCAAGAAGGUGCCCUGCGAAACACGGCGCGCGAGCGCUGUCCCCGCGUGUUCUCUCGUUCCCAGGAGAGCUGCUGAGCCAGCCGCGACCAGAGGGGCUUACGGAGAUCAUCUGUCCCAAGAACGGCAGCGAGCGAGUGAAUGUGGCCUUGGUUUACCCGCCCACUCCCACCGUCGCCAGCCCUUGCUCCAAGUGA